AUGAAGAACAUUUGUUUGCUGAUCUGUUCCAUUUUUGUUUGUUACAAAGUUAACAUUCUGGUCGCCAGUAUCGACUUAACGCCUGAUGAAGUUGAACUAAUGCAGGACAUCAUGACGAACCUAACCGGUUUUCCAAUGCGUCACGAAGGACCAAUAAGCAACAUGUCCUAUUACUUAAGUGUGGACGACGGAUUAUUAGAGAUUUCGUACGGAAGGGGCGGUUUGAUAUUGAACACAAGCACUGAUUACGAUUUGAGCAGUUCGGUCACCGACUCCUUCUGGACAUACAUCAAGUGUCUCGAUAGACGUUGCGUGUUCCAUCCCAAGAUAUUCAUCGAAGACAGAAGUGGAUUUCAAUGCGCCAAAAGCGUGGAAGCCGAACUUACAUACAUCUUGUGCUAUUUCGGAUUAAUGCUGGAUAAUGAAGAUGCAUGUUCAAAAAUAGAAACCGAAGAGAUGACGUGUGAUGAGUGUCCUCCAGUCGUCAAACUUGGAAAGAGCUAUGAACGAUCCUAA